GAAUCUAGAUAAGUUUACAACACAAGUUUACAACUUUAGGGUAACUGAGUUGGAAUAUCCUUAACAUUUUGGGAGUACUGCUCGGCGUGGCACCAAAAUUAAUGGUUAGAAUAGAGACAUAGUGACAUCGGUUGAAGAUGGGGACGAUUCAGCGCGACCAGUUGUCCGUGAAUAGUCGGGCGAGCAGCGACUCAUCAAGGGUCGAGCUCAAGCGUACGAUCUCGCUCUUUAGCGGCGUGGCCAUCAACAUCGGCAUCAUCAUUGGAUCGGGAAUCUUCGUCUCACCCAAGGGAGUACUGCGAGGCGCUGGCUCCGUGGGGCUCACGCUGGUCCUGUGGGCCGUCUGUGGAGUGUUCUCGCUCCUCGGUGCGCUGUGCUACGCCGAGCUCGGCACGACCUGGCCCACGUCUGGGGGUACCUAUGCCUACGUUAAGGCGAUCUACGGGGAUCUGCCGGCCUUUCUUUUGAUGUGGAUGUCAAUCCUAAUGUCUCAGCCGUCAGCUUUCGCCGUGGUAGCGCUGACUUUUGGUAACUACUGCCUACAGCCGCUCUACCCCGAUCCAUCCUGUCCACCGCCUCAGAUCGUGCCUCAACUCUUGGGAACUCUCGUUAUACUAUUGCUGGGAAUGACCAAUGUAUUGAGUACUCGGCUGUCCACCUUCGUCCAAAACUUUUUCACAGUCUGCAAAGUGGUGGCACUGAUUAUCAUCAUAGUCGCUGGUAUCGUACAGUUAUUCCAAGGCGAAUCCCAGAAUUUUGAGAAUGCCUUCGAAGGAUCCACGUUCUCUGGGCUCGGUAAUGCUCUGUACUCUGGCUUGUUUUCAUACGCAGGAUGGACCAGUUUGAAUACUAUGACGGAAGAGUUGAAGGAUCCCAACAAGAACCUUCCACGGGCAAUCUACAUCACUGUGUUUUCCGUGACCAUCAUCUACACGCUAGCCAACGUGGCUUACUUCACAGCAAUGACGCCGCGGGAAAUGUUGGCCUCAAAUGCAGUGGCGGUGACAUUUGGUAGCAAGGUGCUGGGUGGGUUUGCCCUGAUCAUGCCGAUCGCUGUAGCCCUGUCUAACUUCGGAUCUGUCAACGGCAACAUGCUUGCAUGCUCCAGGAUCUUUUACGUUGGAGCGAGAGAGCAUCACCUGCCUUCGCUGAUGUCCAUGAUUCACAUCAAGCACUUGACUCCUCUUCCGUCUGUCAUCAUAACGACCAUCUUGGCUAUUAUUUUCACCUUCUCCAACGAUAUCUACACUCUGAUCAAUUACUUCAAUUUCGCCACGUGGACGUCGAGUGGGGCCGCUGUGGCUGGUAUGAUCUGGGUCCGUUACAAAGAGCCCGAUAAGCCACGCCCCUUUAAGGUCAACAUUAUCAUCGCCGUCUUGUUCGUGUUGGCAUCCAUCUUCCUCGUCGUCAUAGGGACCAUUGAUUCCCCGAUAGACACCGCUAUUGGAGUCGGUAUCACACUGACAGGGAUACCAGUCUAUUUCCUGCUGGUCUACCCAAAACGCUUGCCAAGAUGGCUCACUAAAAUAGAAGGUACUGUAACAAGCUGGCUCCAGAUGCUCAUGAUGGUUGUCAAGGAAGAGAAAGAACACUAGAUGACCAAAAAUAUGCAUUGAUUUCCUUCUAUAAACGUCAAUACAUGCAUGUAUUUUAUAGAAUAUCACCGACGAGCUUGUGGAGUCUUGCAAACCUGUUGUUUUUGUGUUAGAUAUAAUGUAGAGUUAGGUAAAUGUAGCUAGCAGACACAAAUGUCAUUUUCUGUAAAAGCCCUUUUCAGUGAAGGCUUUAAAUAUCUUUUGGGUAUUAAUGGUGACCGCCAUACACAUUUGAUUCUCAAAUACAAUGCACAAAAUAUCAACAGUGCCUCAUCAUUAUGUAUAGCUGUGGUCAAAAGCAGUUUCGCAUUGGUGCCCUUUCGUUUUUUGUUCUUAAUUUUAUUUCAAAAGCUGCUUGCAACUUCCAGAGUUGUAAAUCAAUCAAACAAGUAGAAAAGUAACAUGGGAUUAAUGUAUUUGUCAUAGUUCCAUUGAAUGACUUGUAACUGACUUUAGACCGAAUGCUUUCUGAUUGACUUGUGUUUGUUCCAGUACAACCCUAUCAAUAACAAUGUUAUUUUGUUUCAAUAGAGUUUAAUUACUACAAUUUUUAUUCUAAGUAUGAAGUCGCAA